AUGGGCGCCGUCUGCACUGUUGCGCCCAAGGAGGACAACACCAACUCGACCAUUGUCAUUGGCACGGUCAUUGUUGUUGUCGUCAUUGCGGUUCUCCUCAUCCUCGGUCUGCUGUGGAAGAUCUCCCGCAGCGGCGCCAAGGCCGGCGACCGGUUCGACGACAAGGACUACCUCUUCGAGGAGGACACGCUCGCCACGUACAAGGAGGAUGACAUGCCGCUCACCCACGUCGCCGUCGACGGUGAGGAGUUUGGCUUCAUCCCCGAGUUUGACGACAUGCCCGGCGACGCCGCCGCUGCCCCAGCCCCGCCCCCGCCACCGGCCGCCGCGCCUAAGCCGGCCGCCCCGCCCCCGGCCACCCUCGACUCGUCGGACUCGUAA